GCAGGCAUCAGCACAGGAGAAACUUGACGGCUACAAGACGCAGUCCAUUCAUUUUUACAGCAGCAGGCAUGCUUCAUGCAGCUACCAGCACUCCUCCUGCUGCCUGCUCACUGAGUUUCACUUUCCUCAGCCCGCUGCUCAACUUUUCACUGGUUUAACACUAUGGACCCGCUAUGGACGGACACCGGCGCCCCGGUACGGCAUGCAAAUACGUACUCUGACGUCGGCGAUCAUGUGGCUUUUGGCGUAGAUCCUCCUUGUGAUCGCCAAUUUUUUCUUUCCUGUCGCCUGUUGUCUGCUCGGUUAUUGGGCCGCCGUGAGUGUGUUUAAAACAGAUUGGGCUCGUUUCGUCGGUUCGCAGUGGCUUCGGGGAUUGUACCGCACUACCUGAGCAUCGCGCCAAAACGGUGGGCAGGUAGCAUCCUGUCAUGCAGUUCCAGGAGGUCGAUGAGCACUGGAGCUGACACUGUCAGCGAGCCCAGCAUACACUACACUUCAAUAGCCCCACUUCUACCAGACCUUCACCUUCCACUGCCCUCCUCUCUCUCCAGCCACUAAUCUCACCCCAGGGGAAGACUUUUCUUAAGACUUCUUGGCUGCUGAGUCCCAUCCCACUGUCCUGUGCUUGCUCCCUGUAUCUCUAGUGCAAGCCAGUCCUCCUGGCUAUACCUCUGCACCUUAGACUGUGUUUCCACAGGGGUGCUGCAUCCUGCAUCCUGCAUCCUGGGCACCGCGGCCAUAGUCUCCUUUACAACAUCCCUGGCCAAACACAAGCACCAGGACAAACCCAGGAUCUACCAUCAUCAUGUCCAGUCGACGGAAGGCUUCCACUCCCUGUAUGAUCCGACCAGAGCAGACCAUGGUGGAGCUGGAUGAUGACUCAGAGGAAUCGCACAACAUGGAGACAAAAACAGAGAACCAUACUGAGGAGGGGCCUAUGGAGGCAGAUCUCUCAACAGGAGCAGAGCCAUCCAUGGACCUGGAUCUAAUGGGAAAGGCCUCAGACCCCCCAGCAGCUCCAGACAAACCUGCAACGGAGCCACCAGACCUUUCUAAGCCUCAACGUAGGCAGCAGGGGGGCUACGAGUGCAAAUACUGCCCCUUCUCCACACAGAACCUCAACACUUUCAAAGAACAUGUAGAUGCCAACCACCCUAACGUCAUCCUAAACCCCCUGUAUCUGUGUGCCGUCUGCAACUUCAACACAAAGAAGUUUGACACCCUGACAGAACACAAUGAGAGGUGUCACCCAGGGGAGAGCAACUUCAAAUUCAAACGUAUAAAAAUGAACAAUCAGACAAUCUUAGAACAGACAAUAGAGGGGUGCAGUAACAAUGCAGUCAUUUACAACACUUCCAGUGCCAUUUCAGGCAAAGGGGACGAACUAGGCAUUCUGCCACUCAGCAAACCCACCACAGUCAAGAUCGGUAAACCAAAAAUAAUGUCAUCAGAUAAUAAACGGACAGAGUCUCAGUUGGGUAAACUGACCCCUGAUCUGGCCAAGAAACCAAUCACAGCAGUCAAUGUCAACGGGACAGUCAUCAUCCCUGAGUCAACGCUCCUCAAAGCAGACGGCCUUUCUCACAUUAUGCCUUCCCUACAGCGGCCUCUAAACUAUACCCAGGUGCCGAAGAUCGCAGUGCCCCUCAACACAACCAAAUACAACCCUUCACUGGAUGACAACCUGACACUCAUCUCUUCCUUCAACAAGUUCCCCUACCCAACACAGGCUGAGCUCUCCUGGCUCACUGCAGCCUCAAAACAUCCAGAGGAGCAAAUCAAAGUCUGGUUCACCACACAGAGGCUCAAACAGGGCAUUAGCUGGUCACCUGAGGAGGUGGAAGAAGCCAGGAAGAAAAUGUUCAAUGGUACAAUCUCCUCUGUGCCUCAAACCUUCACUGUGGUAGCUCCUCAGCUCAACUCUCAGUCAUCCACCAACCAGUCUGCUGCAGGCUCCAAAUCCAUGCAGCAAGCAGCCUCAGUCCUGCAGUCCCUCCCCUGUCAGCUCCUGGGACCGAGCAGCCUGGUGCUGACUCCUGUAGCCAACGGCUCCACUGUCACUUGUGCACCACUGGCACUCACAGUGGCUAACCAGGUGGCGCAGUCACUUAAACGACCCUUGGCCUCCCCUGUGAUAGCCACAGACAGUAAACGACCCUCCAUCAUUCAAACCAUCUCGGCGCCCAUGGCCACAUCAAAGCCGGCGUCAGCCAAAGUGCUGAGUUUCACAGUUGACCCCAAUAAAACAGCCGAGCAGCUAACAGUACUGAGGUCCAGCUACACACAGUGUCCUUUUCCUGAGGAAGAUGAGAUCUACAGGCUGAUAGAGACCACCGGGCUGUCCAGAGGAGAGAUAAAGAAGUGGUUCAGUGAACAGAGGCUCCUUAAUCUCAAAGGGGUUCCUCCACCACCAGUGCUAGUGAAAGCAGAGGUGAUGCCAGCACCUAAAGAUGGUCCUGUAAAGAAAGCAGUCCCCAGUCAUUUUCCUCUGCUGGAGAGGGUGAAGGGAAAGACAUCUGAGCAGCUGAAGGCACUGGAGGAGAGUUUCCAGAGAAGUGGCACUCCAACUGAGGCCGAGCUAGACCAGCUGGCCCAGGAGACCAGGCUGUCCAAGACGGAGGUGGACUGCUGGUUUUCAGAGCGCAGGGCGCUGAGGGACAACAUGGAGAAGACUUUGCUCUCCAUGGCCUCAAAAAACACAGAGGACAGACCAGACCGGCCCGGGGCGUUGCUGAACGGGGCUUCUCAUCGAGAGCAGGACGGGAAACCUCUCCGCUCCUCCCCUCACCCACCUGUCCUCUCCUCUUCCUCCUCCUCGUCCCCUCCUGUGCUCGCAGCCUCCUCCCCUCACCCACCGACCCUCUCCUCCUCUGCAUCUCCUCCCAUCCUCUCUUCAUCCUCCUCCUCUUCUCCCCAUCCUCCCGUCCUGUCGGCCUCCACAAGCCCAGUCCCCAUCACCAGCCGCUCCCUCACCCUGCUCAGAGAGAUGUUCUGUCGGUCCCAGUGGCCAUCUCCUGAGGAGUACAGCCAGCUGGAGGUCCAAACAAGCCUGGGACGCACUGACAUUGUCCGCUGGUUCAAGGACCACCGCUCAGCACUGAAGAGCGGUGAAACUCUGGACUGGAUGGAAGGUUUCCAAAACCAGAACGUCGUUGAGCAGCAGAAAGCGGGCCAUGAACAGAACAGCCAGAGUUCUGAGAAGAAACAGAGCGUUUCCUUGGAAGUCAAGGCUGUAAAAGUGGAGGAGGCAGGUGAGAAGACGGCAGCUACAGAGCACUCCAAGCUGUCAGAACAAGACAAAGUCCAGUGGUUGACUGACAGACUAGCACACAGUGUGACGGACCUGAGCCGGACCAGACCAGACCAGACUAGCUCUAGCGCUGCUGACAAAGGGAGGUGGGUAAAGGUCAGUGUGGCAGUGGGGGAGGAGACUGAAGGAGAAGUGGAAAGACAGAGGCUUGCAACAGACUCUGAUGUUUUGACCUUGGAGCAACCAGGGAGGGUCACUGGUUGAUGGUUGAGCAAAUCAUUGACCUCUGAGUCAGACCACCAUCCGACGACCCUGAAUGACUGAAAUGUGGAACCAGUGAUGUAAUUGUCUGCCUGUGAUGUCAUCACAAAGCGCCGGGGACUUUGGAGUGCCACUGUUAAAGCACUGAUGUGAGGUGCAGAUGCUGACAUUAAGAGGAGUGCCAAAGCUGGACUUGAUGCAUUGUUCUUACUACUACUACUAGAGUUUAUAAAAAAAAUCACAAAAAACAAAAAAACAAAACAGAAGCACCCUUGUAAAUAUUUUUCUGUAUUACAAAAAAAGUUUGUACAGUUUUACUGGGAGGGCAAGUUUUGUUACAUUUUUAAAAAAAAAGAGAAAAAAAAGUCUGACUGGUGCCCCAAAACCUGAAAUGUUUUUUGUUGUUGUUGUUGUUGUUGUUGUUUUAAGAUCAAAGUGUAUGAGUCUGUUUUUCACUGAAAAUCAGUCCUAACCCUUUUUUUUUUUUUUUUCGAAAAUCAUACUUGCACACUUCUUUAUGAGCAGUCUUUGAUGGCACUUGCAUAUAUCCCUGCUGUAUCGAUAGAUAUUCUCAUGAUAGGCCUCUUCAUCUCCAAUUUCAACUUUUCCUUUUCUCCUGCACCGUCACCUUGACUCGCAUUCAUAGAAUCACACUGGUGAAGGUGGAAAUCACUCAAACGCGCUAGAGAACCAGUUAGGAGGAAUAACAGUGUUUUGGGUAAUCUGAACGCAGCUACAGCUACAGCCUCACUGUGGAGGAGAGUGAACACAGCCACAUGAUCAGACCAAGACUAACAGCAUUAGGGGAAAUGAAUGAAUGCACUGUACAUCCUAACUUAUUCUAUCUUUUCUCAUCAGCUGUAUACCUGGGGCAUGUUCAUGAAACAGUACAGAAUGUUCCUUUUUUGGCAAAUGAUUAAUCACACAGAGAGAAGUGUCUGUUCAAUCACACCAUGCUGCCUUUUCAGCUCUUAUCUGAUUUCAACGUAUCAGAUCUUUUGUUUUUAAAAACUUGAAAUAUUCUCGACGGAACUUGCCAAGAACAUUUUGGUGAAAGUAUUAAACGCAUGAUAAAAUAAACAAAGUUCCUUUAUUUGAACCAUUUCAGAAAUCCAUUUUCUCUGUGUUGUGAUCUGUGAACACACCUCUCAUCUUUUCUCUUGGCUUUCUGGCUUUUUAUAGGUCCAUCUAUUCCAAGCAGAACCGGGUUCAGUUGAUUCCUGCUCAGUCAGUUCACAACAACCAAAAUGGGGCUCAUGUACCUGUGUUACAGAGAUAAAUGAUCAAACUGCGGAUUUUAUUUGAAAUCGUUUGCAAAGCUGUCAUGAACUGCUUGCAUGUGCUUCAACAAUUUUCCUUUUUUAAAAAUACAUUUUAAGAAAUGAUUUAAAGGGAUUUCUGUGAUUUAUGGGUGUAAUUCCUUGCAAUAUUUGUGCAAGUGAAAAAAGUUCAGUCCAGCUGUCAUUUUGAAUUGACGAUAACCCUGGUUUGAACAGCAGGUGUAUGGCUGUUUGCUGGCUGAAUGUCUCUGCUGCUGCUUUAGUUUCAUGUUCAGACAAGUAUCUGAGAUACUGUACACUUGGUUCGCUAGUAUGGAAAACCGCUUGCAUUUUCAUUUUCUACUUUAAGUCUGCUGUAACUCAAUAAACACACAACUGACUGUAAAACCCUCUUGGUCUUCCAGUGUAAAAUGUAUGAAAAUUAGAAACAUAAAAUGCUUGUUUACUCCAAGACAAAAUGAUUCUGUACAAAAGUGGCAACAAAGUGGAACAAAGGUCCGGUGAAGAGUGGAGCACACAACAAGCCUUAAAACACUGAAACGCCUGCUUCGCCUUGUUUCUGCUGGGUUUGGUUGAAGUAGACAGGGUCUUUUUGCAUAUUUGAAGUGAUGCAUUUUUUUGAGCCCAUUUUUAAUCUCAAGCAGCUCCAAUUAUUUCUCCUCAGUUUGUUAAGGACUUAAUUUGGACCAUGGGAAAUGUAUUUGUGUAACACAAAACAUUGUACGUGUUUGCCUUUUAGUCUGUUUGCAGAUUAAGUGGCAACUACAGAGCAGUCAGUGGAACAAUAUGUAACAAAAACUUUCCUGCCAUCAACCCACUACAAUAACUUUUACCUUUUUGGGCACAAAUGUGAGUAAUAAAAGCCUGAGGUCCAUAAAGUAAUAAUAAAUCUUGAUACACUUUGUGGCGAGGUACCUCACUUGAUAGCAGCCUCAUGAGGGGCUCUGUCAAUUAAAGCUUGAGUGCCCAUUGAACAGUAUGUGCCCCUUGUUCAAAUGCAAAUAACCAAUUCAACCAAAGCUUACCAUAAGAGCACAGAUGCAUCUUUUCAUUUGCACAAGAAAUCCAAGGAAGUGCCAAUAAACUGGAAAACAGAGCAAUAUAAAUAUAUGUGUGUGUGUGUGUGUAAAGCUGAAAAGGAUUAGCCCAUACAUUGAUUUGUUGAUUGCCAGUUUGAUAAUGAAUUACUGCUCAAGUCAAUUUUCAAGCACAAAUGGAAAAACAGACUUUUAAAUUGUUCUGAUUUGCAGCUUAUCUUUGUUUUAUGACAGUGAAAUGAAUAUCUCGGGGUUUUGGUCUGUUGUUCAAACAAACAAACAAAACUUUUUUCACAAAUUUCUGAAAUUUAUAGAACAAGAAUCGCAAAAUUCAUUGGAAGAUUAAUCGAUCACGAAAAUAAACGUUAGUAUCAGCCCCAAUUGUACUACACUUAGAUGUGAUUAGCUGAGCUGUCCUGACUCUUGGAAUGGCUUAGAAAAAUGAAUAGCAGGAUAAUCAUACACUCAGACUCACUUGUCUUUUCAAUAAACAACUGUUAUAUUUACAAAAAAAAAAA